UGAGAUUUUUAUAAGUGUUUUUGGAGAAACUUUAAUUUUGCUCUGUUGUAUAUGAUUGAUAUAAAUUGAGGUUAAUUCCAAAUCAAAGAAAUGACUCUUAUUGAGGGUGUUGGAGAUGAAGUGACAGAUUUUUUUAUUGUUGUGACUGUCCUCUUAGUAGGAUGGCUUGCCUGGUAUUCUACAAGUAUUACAGAUCAACCAUUAAUACGCACAGUACUUGUAUUGCAUCGAGCACGUACACGCCUUGCUGACAUCCGAUCUAAUCAUCAAAAUGCAAGUUCAUUUACUAGACCUCCAAAUUUAGAGGUAUCUGAAGAAGAAACAAUAGAACCAAUUGCUGAUGAUAAUGGCAAUUCACAAAGUUGUCCUGAACCAUCUAUUGCAGACACAAAUGAAGGAAUUUCUCCUGACACACAUAGAGCAGCUGAAGCAACUGCUACAGAGGAAGUACUUAUUGAAACCAUGGAUUCAUUUAAUAAUGAUAGUACAACUUUGUUACAAAGGCAAUCUAAAAUAAAUGCUUCUAAAGAAACAAAUAUACCAACACCAACAUGUACUGAACCUGUAGAACAUGAAUCUGAAAAUCUUUCAACAAAUGAUGCUAAUAAAAUUAGCAUAAAGCUUAAGUUUAUAAAUGAUGAUCAAAAAUUGGUUACUGGCAGCCUUAAAGAACUGCUUGGAGAUUUUAAAAGGAGACAUUUUCAAACAGAACUUGAAGCACAAAAAUUAGUGCGUUUAGUUUUUCAUGGUCGAGUGUUGCAGCCUGAUAAUCAAACACUGGAGAGAUGUGGCUUGUAUAACAAUUGUGUAGUUCAUUGUUUAGUACAUCAGCCAAGACCAAACCCUGUACCAUCUCAGACAUCAACAUUGCAAAAUUCGUCCUCAAUCUAUUUUAAUCCACAAUCAUUUUCUGACAUACCUGUUGGUACAGGAAUUAGUUCAGUACAUAAUGAAUGGGAUUUGAGUAGACCCUUAGUGAUCAUUUUGACCGUCAUGUUAGGUUUUGCCUGGUAUUCCCGGUAUCAUUAUGCUCAAUUUUUUACCGCAAGUACUACAGUUGCAUUAUAUGCACUCACUGCAAUUUUCGCAAUGUCAGUAACUGUAAUAUGGUAUCAUUAGUUAGUAAUUUCUUUCCUAAAUAAGAC